GGUGGCGGCACUGCGGCUGCGCGAUUCGUCUCCAGGUGACGGGGCCUAAUGGCGGCGUUGGAGCCUGGGUGCGCGCUCCUGAAAUGCUCUCAUUAUACCCGCUCCUGCAGGCUUCAGGCACCAUGCUGCGGGAAUUUUUACAUUUGCCGACUAUGUCACGAUGACACGGAGAAUCAUCAGAUGGAUCGCUUCAAAGUUACCCAGGUUCAAUGUGCAAAGUGUGAGACCAUUCAGCAGGUGAAAAAGACCUGUGAAAAGUGUAAAACUGUGUUUGGAGAAUACUACUGCGACAUCUGUCAUCUCUUCGAUGUAGACAAGAAGCAGUAUCAUUGCCCUCCAUGUGGAAUUUGUAGAAUUGGGCCUAAAGAUGAUUUUUUCCACUGCCUGAAGUGUAACCUGUGUCUAGCUACUCAUCUCCGUGGGAACCACAAGUGUGUUGAAAAUGUUUCCCGACAGAACUGUUCCGUGUGCAUGGAGGAUAUUCAUACUUCUCGUAUUGGGGCUCAUGUCCUGACCUGUGGUCACCUUCUUCACAAGACAUGUUAUGAAAUGCUGUUUAACAAAGGAGCCUAUCGAUGUCCUUUGUGUAUGCAAUCCGCUGUGGACAUGACAAAAUAUUGGGAGGAACUUGACUUGGAAAUAGCUCAAACUGCAAUGCCAUCUGAGUAUCAGAAUAUGAUUGUUAAGAUCAUGUGCAAUGACUGCCAACUGCAUAGCACCACACCUUUUCAUGUAUUGGGUCUGAAGUGCAGUGGAUGUGGGUCUUACAACACUGCCCAAGAUGGAGGACCAGUCUCAGCCGAGGGAGAGCAAUGAUGCGCACACAGCCUGCCAGCCUCUAGAGUUUGCAAUUAAAACUCUUGAAAGUGGACUUGAAAUACCUGGUUGACUAACUUCCUUCUGACAAUUAUCCAACUAGCAAGCAGAAAACAUCCACGAUUAAUGUUUGUAAAAUACAAAUUUAUAGUCGAGUGUGCCAGUAAUCCACUUAAAUCCUUGCACUUCUUUGUGUAUUCUACUUUUCCCCAUUUACUCUGUACGUGGCAGGUAAAGUUGAAAUAAUUUUCCAGUUUACGUUAGGAUGGAGAAACUGGCUUGUCUUACACUUAGGCCAGCUGAUCUUUCAAUUCAAGUUGGUGCACUAAAUGAUGCUUGGUUACUUUCAGAUGUGGUUUCACACCCAUGUGUUCUGCAAUCAUGGUUAUUGGAAAACAGUCUAUUAUCCUGUAGCUCAAAUUUCAGAAUAGAAUUUCUUGAUUUGUUUGGCAGAACAUAUUUGCACCUCAAAUCAAUUGCUGCAGCUAAGUCAGUGUAGUAAUACAACCUUUAAAUCGAUGCUGUACAUGAAUUUAGCAUUUAGAACUAUUUUCAGGUUUUAUUCAGUCCUGUAUGUCAUUUUGUCUUCAAGCAUCAGGUUUACAGCUUUAAUGCUAUGUUCAGGAUUGCCUGCCUGAGCAAGUUCUCUAAUGUCCCACAACUGACUGCGGUGUGGACCAUGCAUUUUUUAAGGUACUGAUCAAGCCCUAUAAAGGUAUAAAAAGCACUAAAUUGUGAAUAUUGUUUACACUGACAUUUUCAUAUCACCAGUCUCACUUGAAACUUUAAAUACUUUGAAUAGUUUUGGCAGUCUUCUGCAUCAUUGUUUUAGGCAUGUUUUAUAACUUCUGGAAUUUUAGUAUGUAAUGUAUUAUUUUUCAAUAUGUUUUUCUUUCUCUGGUUCCAAUGGGCCUUUCAUCUGCCACUCCCAAUGGGUGGUGACCUUCCAUUGAGUGCAAGCCAAAUAAAUCAAAGGCUGACUGCUCAGAUGCACUUUUGUCAGUAUGGAUCAAUAGAUAACAUUUGCAUUUUUGAGUCACAAUCUAUAGCUCCGAGAUCCAUUCCAAACCUUGAUUGCAUAAACCAGACUAAUAUACCCAGUGGAAUACAGAUGCAGUGCUGCACUAAUGGAGGUGCUGUCUUUCAGAUUAAAUGUUAGAGCAAGGCCCCGCCUCCCACAUCAGGUUGCCAGAGAUGACCUUGCACUUUCAAAGAGGAACAGAUGCAUUCUUACCAGUGGUCAAUAUUUAACCAUUAGCCAGUAUCUGUCAAGCACGUUGUCUGUUCAAGAUAUCAUCACUGUUUGUGGAGGUUUGGUAUAUGCAAACCUCUGCCACUUUUCCAGCUAUACAACAGUGACCACGCUUACUUCACCGGCUGCUGUAAUUAUUGUAACAAGAUCAGCCAAGCGGACUUCAUAGAAUGAGUUUCCCUGAUUUGGGCUGUAAUCUGGCCCAAUCAGGGAGCCCUGGCUCACAGAAACAGGUGUCAGCGGUUUUGUUCACUCAGAGUUGGCUGUGAGGGAGCUGGAGCAGUCUCAAGGACUUUCCAUGAGUAAAUAAAAGGUGACUUGGUGAUGGGA